AUGCAUUACUCAGCGUCCCAAAUCGACGAACAAACCGUGCAUAUAUUGAUCGACUAUGAACAAGCUAAUGAUUUUGGUCGAAAAAAAAUCCUUGAUAUCAUAAUCAAGACGACAACUCCAUUAAUUGAUCUUGCACUGACAGCAGUUCCUAUAGAAGAGGGAAAAGGUUUAGUUGGAGAUCGACUCAAAGUGACCGAGUUGAAAAAACAAGAGAAAGACUUGAAAUGGAUCGAUAAGGAAACAUUGGAAGAAAAAGAACGAAAAAAGAUAAUCAAGUACUCAGAAGAAGUGAUGAAAAAUCUGGUAGCAAAGGACAAAUGUAUAAAUCCGCAGGGGAGCGUGACUUUUCUCAUAGUCACUGAAUUAGUUUUCUUGAUGGCACUCGGUGUUUCUGCCAACUACAGUUUUUUGGAUUACUUGGAUUACGUUGUUUCUUAUAUAAUUCUUUGCUUGGUAAUGGCCGUUUUUUUCUAUUUGCUUCUCCAGCUGGAAGAUACGAACGAAUCGCUGAAUAGUGUGCAAUCCUGUCUUGAGAGUCUACAGCUGGCAACGAGUAAAUGGAAGUUCUCAGCCCACAAUCACGCAACAUUUGCAGAAGUGAAGAAAAAUAUUAGUGAAGCUACCAGCAAGUACACUAAAUUUGUGAGCUAA